AUGGAGAGGCUUGACUGCACGGAACGAAAGCUGCUUAGACGGCUACUUGGCUACUUUUGGCCUAGGGUAUGCCACAAUGAAGAUCUUUACGCAGAAAUUGAUGUGGUUUACCGGUGGAUGACACGUGGAAGAUAUCAACAUCUUGCACCGCCAUCGAAAGUGGCCAAAGUAAAUCGCCUUCGCUUCUUUGGUCAUAUAUUAAGGAGACCGGCAGAUCGCCUUGUCCAACGAGUUCUGAAGAGUUCGUCGGGUUCGAGCUGGAAGAAGCCACCUGGCCGGAAAAGGAAGUUCUGGACUGAGGUGGUAAAAGAGGACCUGAGGACACUCGGCGUGGAUGGGCGAGAAGUAAGAUUUCGCAGAAUAUGGAAUAGCGACGAAUGGAUUGAUUCUGUGAAAGCUCUCGCAGAAAAUCGAGAAGGUUGGGCAGAGCUGUGUUCAAGGACGGCACACCUCGGCGAAGAUGCGGGUAAUCGCGUCAGACGAGACAUCAGCCCGCGGAUUAAGUCAAUUGUCCACUGCUCAGCGGGUGUUGGCAGAAGUGGAACUAUGGUAGCGCUUGAAAUGUGCUUGAUGACCAUCGCUAAUGUGCGACCAAUCGAUAUUCACGAGAUAGUGUCAAGUCUUCGUCGAUAUCGUGCCUUGGCAGUGCAAUCGUUAGAGCAGUACUUGUCUUUGUAUAAAUUAGUCCUACAAUUUGGCGAACAAAAUGGAUGUAUAACCGCAGAUGAUGUUAGUAGCUUCUACCAGGUACUGAAAGCAGCUCGAAAUUGA